UUACCAUGAACUGGAAUCUUAGAAGCUAGUUUCAACGUGAACCAGUAUGACAAUACUACCCUAGUUCGGGCUUUAUUAACAGAAAGAUCCCAGGGAAACCCCUAUAAAUACCCCUGAAAAUCACCGAGAGGUUACAAAGCCCGUAGAAACCUGUAGUUUUAAAUUUAAAAUAUCUUUUUAUUCCAAGAAUGGAAUCUACAAAUCGCAUAUCUGCAAUGCAACUCUUGAUUGUGGUCCAGCGCUGGAUAGGACUACUAAAGUGGCCCAAUGAGAGGGAGUCCGGAAGUAUCAUGUACUGGCUAAAGAGGAUUUAUCCAUUGUUUCUACACUUGCCAUUUACGCUUACCUACAUUGCUUUGAUGUGGCUCGAAGCCAUUACCUCGUCGGACUUUGAAGAGGCUGGCCAGGUUCUGUACAUGUCUGUCACCGAAUUGGCUCUGGUUGUGAAGCUCAUUAAUAUUUGGUACCGCCGUGAGCAUGCAGAUAAGUUCAUUAGGGAUCUAGAAUAUGAUCCGGCUUAUGCAUUACGGAAUUCGGACGAAAUCAGAUUCUGGCAAGCGCACCAGAAGGGUUUUAAGCGUAUUUUCUACUGGUACAUUGGCGGUAGCCUCUUUGUGGCGCUUAUGGGAUAUGUCAGUGUUUUUUUCCAAGAAGAGUACGAGCUUCCUUUCGCAUAUUUUGUGCCUUUCGAGUGGCGAACCAGGGAGCGCUACUUUUAUGCCUGGAGCUACAAUGUGGUGGCCAUGACGCUCUGCUGCUUGUCUAACAUAUUGCUGGACACACUAGGUUGCUAUUUUAUGUUCCAGAUCGCCCUGACCUUCCAACUGAUGAGCCUGCGACUUCAAUCUCUGAAAGAUGUGCCUGAACAAAAGGCCAAGCCGGAGUUACGAAGACUGUUCCAGCUCCACGCAAAGGUCCGGAUUUUGACCAGGGAAUGCGAAUUGCUCGUGUCACCUUAUGUCCUGUCCCAGGUGGUUUUCAGCGCUUUUAUAAUAUGCUUCAGCGCCUAUCGGCUGGUGCAUAUGGGCUUUAGUCAGCGACCUGGACUCUUCGUUACAACUGUGCAAUUUGUGGCCGUGAUGAUUGUCCAAAUCUACCUUCCCUGCUAUUAUGGCAAUGAAAUAACUAUCCACGCCAACGCUCUGACCAACAGUGUUUUUGGCACCAAUUGGCUGGAGUAUUCGGAAGGCACUCGAAAACUACUCAACUGUUAUUUGGAGUUUUUGAAAAAUCCCGUGAAAGUACGAGCAGGAGUUUUCUUUGAAAUAGGACUGCCAAUAUUCGUGAAAACCAUCAACAAUGCCUAUAGCUUCUUCGCCCUGCUACUGAAGGUCUCCAAGUGAAGUGAGACAUAAACACGGAUUCCGGCACAAUGGAACAUCCCACGGGUCGGAUACGUAACACUGCAAGCCAUCAGUGCUGUAACUCAUACGCCACAUUGUUGUUCGUAUGUCUUUACAAGCUGAAAUAAACGUCGGCAGCCAACAAGGCAUUUCGCCAGCUAUUAAAGUAAGUGUCAUAGCCAAAAAAAAAAAUAUAUGAGGAAAAGGCUCGACUGCGACUAGACGUCGGGGACAUUGGC